AUGGGACCUAAAUUUCGAUACCAGUUCCCAGAACUUGAUCUAAAUGAGCUGAUGCAUGAACUUGAUAUGCUUGGAUUUGAAGUAGGUAGUAAUUUCUGGGAUAAUAUUACAAGUGAAAUUGCCAGUGAUUUAUAUAUGAACUGUCUAUCUAUAGCACUAGAAAUAGAUAUGGAAGAUAUUAGACCAGAAGAACUAUCAGGGCAGGUAUUAUUAACAGCAAUAGAUAUAUUAUCAGAUCAAGGAAAGCAUCAUAUCAAAUCUAUUGGAAAUUUACGAUUCUUAAGAUACUGUAAAAUACUUUGGAAUAUGAUAGGAAUUGAUGAUUUUACUAUGAAUGAUUUAUAUAGGCCAACUGCAGAUAGAAUUUAUAUAUUUUUGUGUGGCUUUGUAAAUUUAAUGAGAUUUAAAGAAGAUCGUUGGAUGACAUAUAAAGAUGAAUUUUAUCAGAUUGAAGAAAUAUUAGAUAAAGUCGAUAAGGCUAAUGAACAAAUAAAGCAGAGGAAACAUGAUUUAGCUAAUUUAAGAUUAAAAUUCAAUGAAUUAAGUGAUGAAAUUCAAAGUAGAAGAAUAGAAAAUCAACAAUUACAAGAGAAAAUGAGAAAUUUACAUGGUGAGUUUUUACAAAAUCAACAAGAAUUGAAACGUUUAACACAAUUAGAUAAUGAUACACAAGAGGCAUUAAAAGAUAUUGAAUUUCGAAUAACUACUGGAAAUCAAGAUAUUCAAGAUUUAAAAGAUCAAGUAGUACAAUCUCCUGAACGUUUAAAAAAUACAAUGGAAGAACUUAAUAGAUCACUUGAAUCUGAUCGUAGAUUAAUUGAACAGACUUCUAAACGUCAUAAUGAACUACAAGAGAAAUUAAAUAUUUUACGAAAAGUUGAGAAAAGGCUUGAUAAGGCUAAAUCCUUUAUAGAACAAAUAUUUCAAAGUAUUAAAGAAGCUAACAAUAUAAAACAAAAUAUUAAGGAUAUUGAACAUCAUAUUGAAAAGGAUAAUUGGACAAUAGAACAAUCUACAGAGGAAGAACGUUUAUUAUUACAAACAGUAGAACAAAUAUCACUUCGUAUUCAAAAUAAUCAGCAACAUUAUGAGAGUCUUAUUGAAGAAGCUCAAACUUUAUUAGAUCAAGAACAACAAAAAUAUGUACAAUGUCAAGUACUUUUAGAAAAACAAGGAAAUGAAGCAUUUACAUUAGAACGUCAAGCUGAAUCAUUAGAGCGUGAUAUCUCUAAUUUAAGAUCUAAUCAUGAGAAGACAAUAAAUAUGUUAACUAAACAGCAUUCAUAUUUAGUUGAAAUAUUUUAUAAAUAUAGAAAUGAGUUAAUCCAAAGAUUACAAUUAUUUUGUAAUUAUAAGAAUUAUAGCAAAAUUAAAACUAGUGAAUCCAUAUUUUAUAAUAAAGAAGGACGUAGAGAUAAUAUAAUAAUGGGAAGAUUUACAGAUGAGAAUGAUGAAAAUAAUAGUCAUUUGAAUAGAGGCGAAUGUGAUUGA